AGCUAAUUAUCGGGAAUUGAGUAUGCGACAGACCCUGGCAGCACGUUACAUCUUAUUGCGCAACGAUAAAUACGAUGAGUCCAGCUGUAGUGCCUUCGGAAGAAGCGAUCCAAAAGAGAAGGAUCAUUGGCAUCGGCACAGAAACAGUCUCGAAUAUCACAUCCACAGACUUUCCUGGCCACUGGCCUGGCGAGGAUAACUCAUGGGAUGUAGACAAAUUUCGCGACAAAUUCCGUGUUCAAUUCCACAUGAACGAACCUCAUAAUGCGCAGUUCUCCCUCAUUGGCCUUGACGCCGCCGUUGCAAAUGCCUUUCGCCGCAUCCUAAUCGCCGAAAUUCCAGUCCUCGCCAUUGAAAGCGUCUUCUUCAACAACAACACCUCGAUCAUCCAAGACGAGGUCCUCGCCCACCGCCUCGGCUUAGUCCCCCUCACAGGUGGCAAAGAAGGCCUAAAUUGGCUGCGCUGGCGCAAGCGCGACGAAAAUAAUAUCCCCGAAGAACCCAAUGACUUCAACACCAUCGUUCUCGUACUCGAGGCAGAAUGCAAAUGGAGCAAAGACGGGCCUGCUCUUUCCGCGCAAGGCGAGACAGAUCCGGAUAAGCUAUAUGUGGGGCAUAACGUGCUUGCAAACCAAAUCGUAUUCCAUCCCAUGGGCCAACACAAUCGCUGGUUUGGAACGCCAGAGACAACUAUAAGACCGGUCAAUCCAGACAUUCUGAUCGCAAAACUGCGGCCCGGCCAGAAGAUUGUGUUAAGUAUGCAUGCCGAAAAGGGUAUUGGCGCGGAUCACGCCAAAUACUCGCCCGUCUGUCCUGCAUCAUACAGACUACUUCCGCACAUUGACAUCCAGCGUCCAAUCAUAGGGAAAGACCACGCGAAGAAAUUCGCGCGCUGUUUCCCGAAAGGUGUAAUUGGCUUCGAGGCAGUCACGCACGAGGAGGCAAGCAUGCCCGACGCAGUGUGGCGAAGAACGGUGCGUGACGUGGAACCAGAUGAGAAGAAUCCAUAUGCUGGCCAUGAGGGCGAGCCGAAGGCGGUUGUGGUAAAUGCCAUGAAGGACACUGUGAGCAGGGAGUGCUUACGACACGAGGAGUUUAAAGACAAGGUCAAGCUUGGGCGUGUGCGGGAUCACUUUAUCUUCCAGGUCGAAAGCACGGGGCAGUGGGACAGCGACGAGCUCUUCUUGGAAAGUGUGAAGCUAUUGAAAGCGAAGUGCCUGCGGGUAAAGAGGGAUCUGGACCUGCUGACACAGAGCUGAGGCGUACAUAGGGUGAUGUUGUCCAUUUUUCAGGUUGCAUAGCGCUGGUGUUAAGGAUUGGCGGCGCAUUGGCCUGACAUAUGGUUAGAAAAAGUUUAGAUUCAUUGUAGUAGUGAUAUCAAAGGACGCGUAGAAUAUAUUACAGGACGGAGAGUGACUUGACUCGUCACGGACGUGUGCUUUAAACACCUCUGUACACCUCUGAACUCCAUCGUAAGUC